UAGAGCACCUGGUGGGAGGAUAAGGAGCUGGGCUCAGUUUCUAGGCUGCUCGCGGUGGGUGCUGGUAGGAAUAGUCCAAGGCUGGCCUGCCGGAUCCUAGGUUACAGUCAUGGAAGGGAGAGAGGAUGCGGAGUCCAACUGUGAUGUAGCAUUCGCUGAAGCUCAGAGAUGGGUGGAGGCAGUUACUGAGAAAAACUUUGAAAACAAGGAUUUUCGAGCAUCUCUAGAAAAUGGUGUCCUGUUGUGUGAUUUGAUCAAUAAGCUUAAGCCUGGAAUCAUUAAAAAGAUCAAUCGUUUAUCUACACCAAUAGCAGGUUUGGAUAAUAUAAAUGUUUUUCUAAAAGCGUGUGAAAAGAUUGGAUUGAAGGAAGCUCAGCUUUUCCAUCCUGGAGAUCUACAGGAUUUAUCGAAUCGAGUCACGGUCAAACAAGAAGAGACUGAUAGAAGAGUAAAAAAUGUUUUGAUUACCUUGUAUUGGCUGGGCAGGAAAGCACAGAGUAACCCUUACUAUAACGGGCCUUACCUUAAUCUGAAAGCAUUUGAGAACCUUUUGGGACAAGCUCUGACUAAGGCACUUGAAGACUCCAGCAGUCUGAAAAGGAGUGGCAGGGACAGUGGCUACGGAGAUAUUUGGUAUACUGAACGUGGAGAAUUUCUUAGUCCUUCAGCCUACCACAAAAGAGACGAUUCCUUUGAUAGUUUGGAUUCUUUUGGGUCUAGGUCAUUCACAAGCUGUUCAUCAGAUUUAACUCUGAAAGGAGGCAGUGAAGGUUGUGAGAGUGACACAGAUUCUGAACUCACAUUCAAAAUGCAGGAUUAUAACAAAGAUGAUAUGUCCUAUCGAAGGAUAUCCGCUGUUGAGCCCAAAUCUGCUUUACCAUUCAAUCGUUUUUUACCCAACAAAAGUAGACAGCCAACCUAUGUGCCUGCACCACUGAGGAAAAAAAGACCAGACAAGAAUGAGGAUAAUCGAAGAAGUUGGGCGAGCCCUGUAUACACUGAAGCUGAUGGAACCUUCUCAAGUAAACAGAGGAGGAAAUGGGACUCUAAAGUGGAAAACAGGCCAGCAAUAAAAGAAACUUCAAACUCCUCUAGCUAUUUGGAGGAGGAAGAGGAAGAGGAAGAGGAAGAAGAUGAAAAAGCAACAGGCAUGCCAAACAUUGUAAAGGAUGAUCUUUAUGUGCGCAAGCUAAGUCCAAUAGUGCCCACUGCAGGAAGUGACUUUGAUAAGUUUCUUCCCAAAAGUUGGAUUCCAGAAGAUGUGAAUUGGAAAAGAAUUAAAAAGACAACUUCUUACAAGCCAUGGUAUAAGGAAUUUCAGGGAUUCAGAAAGAAUUCAGACUCAGAAGAUGAGAAUUCAGUCUGUGAACAAAAUCCUGCCACUUUUAGUAUGGCACAGAGAGCAGGGCAAGGUUCAGAGAGCAAUUGCCAAAGACGGUCAAUCUUGAUGGAUCUCGCUACUAAACAAGCCCCCAAAUCAUGGAACAGAAAUACAGAAAAGAGAUUCAGUGAUGCUUCUGAUGGAUCAAGUCAGUUUUUAUUACUUCAGGCCUUACAAACAUAUUCUGAUGACAUCUUGUCUGAUGAAACAAAGACUAAAGUUGAUCCCACUUCUGGCCCAAGGAUCAUAACAUGCCGAAGGAAUGUCUUUUAUGCCCCGGGUUACAGAAGAAAUGAUACUGAGAAUGGAGUAUUAGAUCCUGACUUAGAAAAUGAUGAUUACUUUGUUAGGAAGACUGGGGCUUUCCAUGCGAAUCCUGUUGUUCUUCAAACUUUUGAAGAUUUUAGAAGAUUUGCUGUACCGGAUGAUUUCAUAGAGAGAGAUAUUAUUCUGCAACAGAGAGAAGGUGAACCUGUACUUCCAGAUUUAGAAAAAGAUGACAUGAUUGUUCGCAGAAUUCCAACACAGAAGAAAGAUGUGCCUUUAUCUGGAGCCCCAGAUAAAUAUCACCCAGUCCCCUUUCCAGAACCUUGGACUCUCCCACCAGAAAUCCGAGCCAGAUUUCUCUGUGUACUUGAAAGGACAUCCCCAUCAAAAGACAAAAAUAAUAGCUGUAGAGUAUUAGUUCCCUCUUCUUGUCAAAAAAAGGAUGAUAUGUUGACUCGUAAGAUUGAGUCCUGGAAGCUAGGAACAACUGUACCAUCCAUCAGUUUUACUCCUGGGCCAUGCAGUGAAGAGGACUUAAAAAAAUGGGAGGCUAUCCGAGCAGCCAGCAAAGUUAGGCACAAGAAACGACAGAUGGUUGAGAGACUCUUUCAAAAGAUUUCUGAUGAGAAUGGGAGCAAAUCCUUGAGUGAUAUCACUGCAGAAGAUGUACACAAUAUGCGCCAACUACGCUAUGAAGAAAUGCAGAAAAUAAAAUCACAAUUGCAAGAACAAGACCAGCAGUGGCAGGAUGACCUAGCAAAAUGGAAAAAUCGUCGAAAAAGCUAUACUUCAGAUCUGCAAAAGAAAAAGGAAGAGAGGGAAGAAAUUGAAAAGUUGUCUCUUGAGAGGUCUCAGAGGAGCUCAAAAACAUUUGGAGAAAUUCUUCAGGACCGGGAAAUCAGAAACCAAGAAACCAACAGUCAUCGUUGGAAAACAUUUGAUUCUGAGAGAAUGUAUUCUAAUGAUGAGAUAUUCAAUGAAGCAAAAAUGUCUCCUGUGCCAACUUUGACAAGAGAAAGUUACCUGAAUGAGGGGAGAGAGAAGGAAGUAACUUAUAGUUCAGAAAGGAGUAAAGAAGAUUCUUCAAACCUUCCAAAGAUGGAGAACUAUGAAACAGCUGAAAUUCAAGUUCCUUCUCAAAGCCUGACAGAGAAACAGAGCUCGGCCUCAGCUUUGUCUUCUAACCAUUCACUGAAUACACAAAUGGGACCUGCUCGGGUUUCAGCAUCUCUCCCCAGAAGUUACCAGAAAACUGAUACAUCUAGGUUAACAUCGGUGGUUACGCCAAGACCUUUUGGUUCCCAGUCAAGAGGGAUCUCAUCACUUCCCAGAUCUUAUACGAUGGAUGAUGCUUGGAAGUACAAUGGAGAUGUGGAAGUCACUAAAAUAAUUCCAGAAACUUCAAAAAGUAGCUCUUUCUCAAAAUCAGAUGACAACCAGCUUCACUCAAGCUCAGCCUUAACAAGUGUUGAAGAGGGAGCAAAAGAAAGUGAGAAGAAAACAUUACCUGCUACACCCUUGUAUUUGCCCAUUUCCCAGGAACAUGAGGCUUUCCCUAAAUCAGAACAACCUUUAACAUCAGACUCUUUACCAGUUUCUGGAUCUUUAGAAGGGAAAAAUUCUUCAUCACCUGAGCCUUCAAGGACAAAGGAUCAGUUCAGUGAUAUGAGAAUCAUUAUGAUCCACCGCCCUGGGAAUAGUGAUCCUGACUUUGGAUUUACAGUAAGAUGGGAUAUUUCUGGAAUCAUCGUGCAAUCAGUUGAAGCAGGUAGCCCAGCAGCAUUAUCUCAGCUACAGGUAGAUGAUGAAAUUAUUGCUGUUAACAACACCAAGUUUUCAAAUAAGGACACAGAUAAAUGGGAAGAGAUCAUGGCUAAUGCACGAGAAACUGGAAACUUAGUUGUAGAUGUCAGACGUUAUGGAAAAAAUGACUGGGCCAAAGACCAACCUUCCCUGCCAUUUAUAAGGCAUAAAACCCUCAAUCUCACCAGUAUGGCUACCAAAAUUAUAGGUUCACCUGAAACUAAGUGGAUUGAUGCAACUUCUGGAGUUCACCAUACAGACAAGGCUUCAAAUCUUUCAAUAAGAAGCAAUUUCUCUGAAAGUCUUCAAAAUUCUAAUAUGGAAACAAAAGGAAUAAAUGGCAUAAGUGAUGAAAAUAGUUCUACUGAACCCAAAGCAUCUGAACCUAUUUCUUUGAAAAACUUAAAAAGGCGAUCACAAUUUUUUGAACAAGGAAGUUCUGAUUCUAUGGUACCUGAUCUUCCAGUUCCAACCAUCAAUGCUCCUAGUCGCUGGGCUUGGGAUCAAGAAGAAGAGAGGAAACGACAGGAAAAAUGGCAAAAAGAACAGGAUCGUUUGUUGCAGGAAAAGUAUCAACGUGAACAGGAAAAACUGAGGGAGGAAUGGCAGAGGGCUCAACAAGAGGCUGAGAAGGAGAACUCAAAAUACUUAGAUGAGGAACAGAUGGUAUUAAAUUCAAAUAGUGUUUCUCUCACCUCGCGUGAGCCUACUCUUGCCAACUGUGAAAGAAAUUGGAGAGAAGAAAUUUAUCCUUCAGAAAGGGAAAAAAACAGAGCAGAGGAGGAAGAAAGACUCCAUCAUGAAGAACAAAAAAGGAAAUUAGAAGAGCAACUUCUCCUUGAGAAAGAGAGGAAAAUAAAGGAACUGGAAGAAGUGCAACAGAAACAACGGGCAGAGUUAGAGGAACAGAAGCGACAGGCAGAGAUAGAGGAACAGAGGCGGCGGGCAGAGAUAGAGGAACAGGGGCGGCGGGCAGAGAUAGAAGAACAGAGGCGGCGGGCAGAGAUAGAAGAACAGAGGCGGCGGGCAGAGAUAGAAGAACAGAGGCGGCGGGCAGAGAUAGAAGAACAGAGGCAGCGGGCUGAGAAAGAGAAAGAAACAUCUGUGCAGAUAUAUCAGUAUAAAAGGCCUGUUGAUCCUUUUGAAGUAUCAAAGCGAGAAGAGUCAACAAAUCUACUUCCUAGUGACAGGGAUAAAUCAAGGUCUACUACUGAAUUAGAUCAGCCCACAAGUAGAAAUGGGAGUAAUAAAUAUUUCGACCGGAUUGGGAAUGUGGGCUAUUCACAGAAAAGUUCUCGAAAAGAGCAGACCACAUCAGAAGCUGAGAUGGAGAGACAACAAAUCCUUCAGGAAAUGAGGAAGAAAACCUCUCUCCAUAAUGACAACAGCUGGAUUAGACAGCGGAGUUCUAGUGUCACCAAAGAGCCCAUCUGCUUGCCCGGCAUCAUGAGAAGAGGUGAAUCUCUAGAUAAUCUAGAUUCCCCUAGAUCAAAUUCAUGGAGACAUGCCCCUUGGAUGAAUCAAUCUACAGGGUUUCAUACUUCUUCAUCUGUGCAAGACUUCAGUCGUCCACCUCCACAAAUUGUAUCUACAUCCAACCGUGCUUACAUGCGAAAUCCAUCUUCCAGUUUAGUACCUUCUUCUGUUGGGUCUAUACGAACUGGAUCUUUAUCAUCAGCACCUUCCCCAGCACCUCGAACACAAUCCCCUUCUACUACUCAGUCAGGGAUGCAGCAACGAAAUAGGUCAGUCAGUGGGAAGAGAGUAUGCUCCUACUGUAAUAACAUUCUGGGCAAGGGAGCGGCCAUGAUCAUCGAGUCUUUGGGGCUUUGUUAUCAUUUACAUUGUUUUAAGUGUGUGGCCUGUGAGUGUGACCUCGGAGGCUCCAGCUCAGGAGCAGAAGUCAGAAUCCGAAAUAAUGAAUUGUACUGCAAUGAGUGCUAUCUCCGAUUCAAAUCUGGACAGCCAACCUCCAUGUGAAGUUAAUCUCCAUACGAAAGCACUGUUGCAGAUAGAAGAAGAGGUGGUUGCUGCUGGUGUAGAUCUAUAAAUAUAUAUUGUAUCUGUCUUUUUUUUUUUUUAAAAGAAAACCUUUUUUUUUCUAGAUUACAUAGGAACAUUUAUAUCCCUCAUGUUAACUUUUUUUUUUUUUUUUUUUGUUAUUUAUAAGAAGGUAAUCACGUUUUGGGAUAAGCACAGUAUUUACUUUUGAAUUCAGCAUAUUAAAAAGCACAAAGGAGAACAAACACUUAACAAUAGUAAUUUCAAAAUAUUUUUGAGACUAAUAAUUCACAUCUAGCUUGACUUUCCAAUGGUAUAUGAAGAGGAUGUUUUUUGAAAGAAAGAAUACUCUUAAACAUUAUUUGAAAUAGUUAAUUUAAAUAUAUUUGUAAUGGCUGACCUUAUUUGUAAUGUAUACCAGAAAAUAAGCAAUUCAGACCUAUUAAUAUUUGUUUUCUGUAGUCUGGUUUUCUAACUUGCCUCCCAUUUUGAUUUUUUUCAUAUACAAUAUACUUUUUUUUUUUUUUUUUUUUUUUUUGAUGAGGGGGUCUUGUGUAUUUGCAGAUCCGAGGAUUUAGUUUUGACCAAUUCACUCUUAAGAGUUUCUUCUCUUCACUAAGAAAAUGUAACUGUGGCUUGUUUUUCCCCCAGAGAGCUAGUAUAUUUCUUUAUUGUUUCAACUGCAUUUGUAAAUAAAACUUAUUGAUGCAUUUAA